UCUUGCCUAAUUGAAGAAACACACCGAGAAAACCGAAGGCAUUAAUUGUGGUUCUAUUUGAUGGUAUUAAUUGCGGUUCUAUUUGAUGGUAGCUGGCGUACUUACAUUGUAUCGUCAUUCGUACAGUAGAUUCCUUAACAAUGAUGUGAUUAAGACUGAAGAAAGAUUUUAUUGACGGAUUGAUAUUCUUAACAAAAUGACGACUAUUCAACAUUGAAACACCUUCUGGUGGAGUAAUGUCAUGAAGGGGAAUUUUAUAUCGUCUGUAGUUACACCGAUACUAUGGACGAUACUAUCAACUGUUUCAACAACUCUGGGUACCAGUCCAAUAAUUCAAACCAACAAGGGAUAUGUUCGAGGCAAACGGCUCACUGUACACCACGGCAAACACGUAGAUGCUUUUUAUGGAAUUCCCUAUGCAAAACCACCAGUUGGUGAGCUUCGUUUUCGUCACCCAUUACCAGCAGACGAAUGGCCUGACGUGUUCGACGCUACUCAUCUCCCUAAAUCAUGCAUUUAUUUAAACGAUUCUAUGUUUAAGAAUUUUAAAGGAGCUCAGAUGUGGGAUCCAAAUACUCCAGUCGACGAAGAUUGUUUAUAUCUAAAUGUAUGGGUACCUCGGUCAAAUCCUCCAUUUCAAAAUAAAGCUGUAAUGAUAUGGAUUUAUGGUGGUUCUUUCAGUUACGGAUCAUCAGCCUUAGAUGUAUAUAAUGCAAAAUAUUUAGCUGCCGAAAACGACAUUAUUGUUGUAUCUAUGCAAUAUCGUCUAGGUUCUCUGGGAUUUUUAUCGUUUGGCGAUUCAGAAGCUCCUGGGAAUGCGGGAUUAUUUGAUCAGUUAGCAGCUAUUGAAUGGGUCCAAACAAAUAUACAUAACUUUGGAGGUAAUAGUCAUAAUGUUACAUUAUUUGGAGAAAGUGUCGGUUCUGCGUCAGUAGGAAUACAUAUGCUUUCACCUCUAAGCAGAGGCAAGUUUCAGAGAGCAAUUUUACAAAGUGGAGCACCGCAAGCAACUUGGGCUACCGUUACUAAAAAGGAAGCUUUUCGCCGAUCAACAGAACUAGCAAAAGCUUUUAAUUGUUCCCAAAAAGAUGUGAAGAUGACGCUGAAAUGUUUGCGAGAAAAAAAUGGUUCACAGUUUCCAGCAAAAGAUUUUACUCAUACAAUAGCUCAUGGCAUUAAUCAGUUCCCAUUCGUAGCUGUUAUAGAUGGUGUUUUAAUUCCUGAAUCACCAAAAAUGGCAUUUAUAAAUCGUCAUUUCAAGAAAACACCAAUACUUAUUGGGACAAACAUAAAUGAAGGGAAUUAUUUCCUUGUGUAUGAUAAACCAGAGUAUUUCCCCCUUAACUUUUCAGAUAGUUUAAAUUUAAGCAGAUCUCAGUUUCUCGACUGUGUUCGUCACUUUUUCCAACACUAUCCACAAUAUCCAAAAACGCUUAAUUCUUUUGGAGUUGAGGCAAUAAAAUUUCAAUAUACACCGUGGAAAAAUCCUAAUGACCAAAAGUUAAAUGCAUUAUCAGUAGAUCAAGCAUUUGGCGAUAUGAAUUUUGUGUGCCCAACUAUAGAUUUUGCUGACCGAUAUGCGUUAGCAGGUGUUCCAGUCUAUCAAUACCGUUUUGAACAUAGAUCAACAGCACAUUUUUGGCCAAACUGGAUGGGAGUUUUACAUGGGGAUGAAAUUAACUUUGUUUUUGGAGAACCGUUGAAUCCAUCAAAAAAUUACAGUCACAUUGAGAAGAAGUUUAGCAAAAAGUUAAUGAAAUAUUGGACAAAUUUUGCCAAAACUGGGGAUCCAAACAAAGAGCAGGUGGACGGUGAAAUAGUGAUGUUAGAUGAAUGGCCAGUUUAUACGAUAGAAGAACGUAAAUACCUCAGACUUACUACGAACAUUGUGCAUGAUCGUGAACAAAGGAAUACGAUAGGAAUUGGACCUAAAAUUCAAGACUGUGCGUUCUGGAAUGAAUACUUGCCAAAUUUAGUAAAGGAAACGGCGGAUACGUCAGAGGUGGAGAAAGAGUGGAAAGUAAAGUUUGCUGACUGGUCAGACCAUUUUGAUAACUUCUUAUUGGCAUAUGAACAUCGUCUUCAGUCCUGUAAUAAUGUACCAUAAACGUUUUUCAUAUAACCCUUAUGACAGAACUUUCUUGACUGCAUAUAUAUAUUAACUAUUGAAUUCAUUAUUAUUUUUCAUUGAAACAAAAAAUUGCAUUUCAUACCGUAAAUCUAUUUAUCGAUUUUUACAUAUGUGCUUUUAAAUACGAAGUAAUAUAGAGCCGUGGUGUAGUGGUUAGUGCAUCGGACUACUAACACAAAGGUUCCUGAUUCGAUUCCCAUCUGGGAUGAAAAUUUCAGGAACUCAAUUUUCGGCUCUCCCUCGACACCAUUUGCGAGUAUGGUCUUGAGGAAACGAUGAUAGUCCGUCGGAAGGGGACGAUGAAUGGCUGUCCCGUGUUAAGAGAGAGCCAUAACUCUUGCACGUAAAAAAACACCCUUGUAGAUUUCGAAAAAGAGUAGGCUAAUGCCGCUACAAGGCAGCACUCGCACCCGCAAAGUGGAAAGGGAUUAAUAUAAGUUGCAAAACUUGUUUCCCAAUCCACUAUAAAUAAAUAAAAAGUACUGAUAAUAUUCAUCAAUUCUGUUAUAUUUCUUUUUUGUGAAGUUCAGGUUAUAUUUAUAAAUUUACUAUUUUUAAAUUUUUAAAUUUUUUGAAAUACUAAUAUAAAAAAAGAAGAUGUGGUAUUAUUGCCAAUGAGACAACUAUCAACAAAAGACCAAAAUGACACGAAUAUCAACAAUUAUAGGUCACCGUACGGCCUUCAACAAUGAGCAAAGCCCAUUCCGCAUAUAGUCAGCUAUAAAAGGCCCCGAUAAGACGAAUGUAAAACAAUUCAAUCGAGAAAACUAACGGCCUUAUUUAUGUAAAAUAAGGCUUUUCUACCUCAUGCAGAUAUUACCUUACCUGUAUUUGGCAAAACUAUUAGGAAUUUUGGUCCUCAAUGCUCUUCAACUUCGUACUUUAUUUGGCCUUUUUAACUUUUUCGGAUUCGGGCGUCACUGAUGAGUCUUUUGUAGACGAAACGCGCGUCUGACGUUUAUACUAAACUUAGUUCUGGUAUCUAUGAUGAGUUUAUUUACACUUUUAACUAGUACCUUAAUUUUACAAUACUUGAUUCUUUUAAAAGUCCAAGUUAAUGUUUAUGUUAUGUCUUUUAUAACAACUAAAUGAUACUGAUUAAGUACUCUUUGUAGGUAAAUAUUGUCUUCUUUAAUAAGGAUUCUCUUUUCCCUUGAAUUUUACGGGUUCUCUAGCAUAUGAUUUUAAGUGCAGUAAAUAUAAAUCAUACUAUUAACAUGAAAUAACUUUUAAUAACGACUGUAAAAAUACGUGAAGGUAAGGAAUUCUUUGUCGAUGUUUUUUUUUUAUUAACAAGUGAAUUUCGUGAACAUUAUGAUAAACACAAUUUCAUAAUUAAAAACAUGAAUUAAUUCUCAAUUUCUUUUACAAUAAAGCAGAGGCAAUAUCAUAUUUAUUGUAUCCUGCAGGAAAAAAUCAUUGUAAUGUUAUUCUUAAAAAUAAUAUUUAUGUAUCAAUAUCAUAUUCAAAUUAAACAAAUAUCUUUUA